AUGAAUAAAUAUUAUUUUUCAGAAUUAAUAAUUUUUUGUUUUUUUUUUUCUCUAGAAAUAUACCAAAGUACAGAUGAAUAUCUGGGCCAGGGUGCAUGUGGAACUGUUAGAACGUUCUUCUCAGUUGAGAAGAGGAAGGAAUUCGCUGUUAAGAUAAUCCGGAACACGAGUACUCGAGUUAGGUCGAAGGUGCUGAAGGAGAUAGAGAUACUGCACCAUUGCAAGGGGCACGAGAACAUUGUACAGUUGCAAGAGUUCUAUGAAGAAGAUAAGAAUUUCUAUUUAGUUUUCGAGAAGAUGUCAGGAGGAACGUUGUUGGAGAGGCUGACCAGAGAUGGACCGCUGCCCGAGUUGGACGUCUCGAAAAUCGUCGGCGGUUUGGCCAGCGCUCUCAAGUUUCUUCACGACAGAUCCGUGGCACAUAGGGACCUCAAACUUGAGAACAUCUUGUGCUCGGCGCCUGGCGACAGCAGCAGCAGCUACAAUCAAGAUGGAAACCUUAGCGGCCUACAUCCGGUCAAGUUGUGCGAUUUCGAUUUGAGUACUGAGUUCAGUGAACCUACCUACACGCAACCACCAACAACCACAAAAACAACGACCAACCAAUCGCAGGUCGGAUCAAUAGAUUACAUGGCGCCUGAAGUGGUGAGUGUGUGGCUAUACGAGUCGGAUCAGUACACAGAGCAGUGCGACCUCUGGAGUCUGGGUGUCGUCAUGUUCAUUCUGCUGUCUGGUCUCAAGCCCAUCGUUGCUAGGCGGCCUCACAACUGUGUCUGUCGGGAUAGCAACUACGAAUAUAUCUGCGAUUAUUGUCGGGAAGAGCACUUUGAGGAGAUCAAGAGAGGGAGGUACGACAUGUCUGGUCCGGAGUGGUCCUCCAUUUCCGAGGGAGCCAAGGAUCUCAUUCGCUAUUUGUUAGUCGUCGAUCCGACGAAACGUCUAACCGCCCAGCAAGUACUCGCACAUCCCUGGAUCGUGGACCCACUGUCACAUCUCCGAAUCCCGGAUCCACUGGUACAUUCCUUGUCUGUGGUGGAUCCCUCGAGGACUAGGAUGUCUGCUCCUGUUCCUAUUCCUUGCUCGCCGUAUGGAUUGCUUCAAUUGUCUAUUUUAUUUAUAAUUUAUUACAUUCAUUAA